AUGGAGACAUCGAGCACAAGCGGGGCGUUCACCGUCUCGCUGCACUCGCUAACGUGGUAUCCUGGUGGUGCCGAUGAGGAGACAGCAGAGCGUCAGAUUUGGGGACUUGUGCAGCUCGUGUCGCCCCCGGAGCAGCCUGUCGAGAGCUUUUGGUUUGGCGCGGAGAACCCUAAUAUGAUGACCAGGAGCUUAUCGAUUUCAACACGGAGCAGCAACCAGCCGCUGCAACUUGACUACAACCAGGGAUCUAGGGCCGUUCCACUCACGAUUAAUGCUAUGCAGGAACUGGUGCAGACGCAGCUGCUACUGUCGCUUUACUCUGGUGUGUCCAGAGCUCGUUCAGUGGAUUAUCUGUUGAGCAAGACACUCGUGCCAUUAAGAACGCCACUGCUAGGAGGGAGAAAGAGGCAAGAAGUGGAGUUCGUGUCGUCUGGAGAGAAUUUUGUGGUGGAUCUCGACGUCCAAUGUGACGUGGCGCUGGCUGACGUUUUGCUGGGCGCGAGGAUACUGGGGCUUCAUUCGCCUCAGAUAUUGAAUUUGCCAGAUGAAUGGGCAGCUCCAGGAUGCAUAAGCAAUGAAGAGGCGAUUGCGUUUUGUGCAUCACAGCAGAACACGGCUUCCUACGAGCUGAAGAUUGCAUUGCCACGUCUGGGAGAGACAGAUAACGGUGUAAAUGGUAGCGGUGGAGAGGGAGGAACGAUGUCGCCGUAUAGAUUUGAUGCUACAACAUUGAAGGGAGGGAAACUACAUUUUGAACCCCGAGUGCAGGUUCAAAGUGUGUUUUCAGGGUCGGAGCAGUACAUGGUGGUGGAAGAAAGUGUUAAGCCGAUAGCAACAGAUGGCGAACAGCAAGAAGAGCGAUCAGCUACACCCGAUUCAAGUUUAACAGGGAAGUGGAGUGUCCAAUUUCCCUCAACGGCUGAAGUAUCUGUACUAUAUUUCAAGAGCUCCGUCGAACGUUUAAUUGAGUUUCUUGUGGUGGAGAAACACCUGAAUGGAACAUUACGAAGAAAUUCUGUCGAAAACUCGAGCGGAAAAGCAAUAGAUGCCAUUUCAAGUGAAAUAAGUUUGUAUCUGCACGAGCUUCUCGCGCCCGGUACCACUCAAAUCGUGCCAAGGGCUCCAUUACGAACCCUGUUACCUGUUACACGAGCCUUCCUGGAGCAAGAGCUGGCAGUAGCGCCGUCGAAUGAGGACAAAAAGAGGUUCCAGGCAGCGUUAGCUGACUACGAUACGACUAUGCAGAAGGCAUUAUCUCUUACCAACGCAGCGAUAACCGCCGGAACUCACGUCGAAAUCGUGGCGGAGAUAUUGCAUACACCACUGGUUUUACAGCCACCUCAAGGUCUGGAGUCGCCUUCGAAAUCAAUAACGCCGCUCAUUGCCCCGCGCGAUUUGGAAGCUGAGGGUGAAGAACGUCGCGACAUUUAUGGGGAUCUUCGUACAGAAAUCCGUUUGGUGGCGGCAAGUCUUUUGCGCGAGUACACGGAGGCGUUCCACAAUGGAGACGGAAGACAAGGAAUAGAUGACUAUGCAGCUGAUGCUCCAACUCUACGUGAUGAUAAGAAGCAGACUCUCAUCUACCGACUAAAUACUCAAGGUGCGUAUCACUCACUCAAACAAUCACUCAAGAAGCGGAUUGUGCCUGUCAUACGCGAAACAUUUUCUCGUGGUGAAGUCACAUUUGAAGGAAAUGAAGAGGACGGACAAAUUCAACUGGACGAGAAAACCGUGGAGGAAAAGAAGAAGGCACGAUUCGGCCAGCUGUACGCUCUUCUCAUGCGAGAAGUUAAUGCAGUUUUGAAUGAAACGUUCUAUUCAGAUUCGAACGCGCUGAUGGAGAAGACAUACGCGACAACUGAGGGGCGACCAACACCAAACGAAAUCGAGGCUGUGUUAGAGAUGUUGCGGCUGAAAACUGUGGAGAACGAGGUUAUUGGCGAUUUCGAGAAAAGCGAGAUGCUGCAUUUGGACCGUAUUGCGUACGCAGAGCAGCAUGCGGCUCAUGUCCAUAUACACCCGAAGAGUCACGAGCAGGUUGAUGUGGGUGCGGCAUCCGCAUCUCAAUUACUGAUGAAUGUUUGGUACGACUACGCACGCUUCUGUAUUGCUCAGACACGACUUGAAAAGGCAGGGGCAGCUUUACAGCAGUGCUUGCGUCUCGAUUCUCCCGCUAUUCGACCGUUGCUUGCUCUCGUAGCCGUCCAGUGUGAGCUGCGCGACUUUGUGCGCGCCGAGUCUUUCGUAAAGAAUGCUGUGAUUGAGGCAGAGGCCAGUGCUCAAUCAGGCGACGGGGCUAGUGCUGGGUGUAGUGCACUGGCUCACGCUUUAUUUGCGUAUGUUUUCUCACAAUUCGAAGGAAAAGACCCGACUGGAAAUUAUACGCUGUUCGAGCUGCUCAAAGCACAGAAAAUGCUUCAGAUCAGUAUAGGCAACGUUAAGCAGCGAGACAUUUCGUGCGUGAGUGCAGUCUGGAUAAUUCUAGCGGAGUACGCUCAUGAGUGCAGGCUGUGGGGGGUCACGCAACAAGCGUUGCAACUAGCUGAUAGUAAUUUGAAAUCUCGUGAUAUAGUUUGUGCUGAGUUACGAGUCAUGAAACGAGCAAUGGAAGCCGAUCUGUGUCUGAUAGAUGGUGUUGCUGGUGAGGGCGCUGCUUCUCGGGCGAUCAAGCUGCUGCAGGAGGCCUUAGAAGUCGAUGCAUCUCAUCCUGUUGCAUGGUUCACUCUGGGGACAGUGUAUCUCCGACAAGAUUCUCAAACCAAGACAGCAAUAGAGUGCCUGCUGCGAGCACUGGAGCACCGUGGAACCCUGCACUCAGAAGUGCUGCGACUUACAUUAUACUUGCGCCUGGGCCUAGCUCUUCUUCACUCGUCACAGUUCGAGACAGCCGAGUCGACGUUCCUGUUAGCGUGCGACGAGUUUCGUAUAGCUUCGUGCUGGCUUGGUGUUGGGAUUGCUUGUGUUCGGCUCGAAAAAUGGGAACGAGCGCAGAUGGCUUUGGCGGAGGCCAAUAGAUUGGACUCUUGGAAUCCCGACGUGUGGGGAUAUCUGGCGCUUCUAUCUCUAACAGCCCCCGCCGCUGUGAGUGGUCGUGAUGAACAAGAUGUCCAGCAUUUUGUUUCGCAAGCCUUAAGACAUAACCUCAGCAAACCAGCUCUACUGCGAGAGCUCAGUAAUGCAUUCAUGGCGAUUGAUCGUCUUGAAAGCGCAGAAAGGCUGCUGCGGCGGUCUUUAGCCUGCCAAGAAUCUUCUCUCACCCGCAAAACACUGGCAGAUGUGCUAGCUGCCCAGAAUUGUGCCGAGGAGGCGCUUCGACAAUAUACGCAUUCGCUUGAAGUGACUGACGACGCGGAAGAACGUUGCGCUUUGUUGGAGAAAUGUGCUCAGCUGCUUAUCACACUCGGUAGACCAGAGGAAGCGACCGAGUACAAAACCAUCGUACGACAGUUUCAGGCGAGCAGCUAG